GCAAGCACUUCCUCCCCGCCUCCCCAGCCUCCUUUGAGGGUCUGAGUUUCACAGGCGGCGCAGGGGUUUUUUCUCCUUCCCCCGUUCUGCUGUUUGCUCUCUGUAGAAACCCAUCUCACCACUGUUUUUAAACCACUCGAAGGUGUUGGGGUUUUUCUGGGCUAUUUUGAAGCUCGUUUUCCCAGAUGCGUGUUUUUUUUCUUUUGAAUGCAACUCUUCAUCUAAAGUUUCCGCCCAUGUGACUUUCAGCUUGCAUCCCCCGUAUAUUCUGAGAAACCACAGAGGGCCAGAGCCUAAAGACACUGACAUAUUACUGCAGAGUGCAAUUACUCUGAGAGAGGAGAGACACCGGGCAGGACCAGGGCGCACAGCAGAGAAAGUGAUACUGGGCAAGGGAGAGCCACAGCCUGCCAAAGAGACAGGCUGGGGGACAGAGGCAAAGAGAUUUCCCAGGGGAGAAAGAGGACACAGGAGAGGGGAGAGUAAUAGCAGAAGACACCAAGAGUACAGAGGACAGAAAGGAAGCCAAAGAAGCCUUGGCAGAGGGAGGCAGGAGCCAUGCCCCAUAGCUCGGACAGCAGUGACUCCAGCAGCUUCAGCCAGUCUCCCCCACCCAGCAAGCAGGACUCUUCUGACGACAUGAGGAAAGUCCAGAGACGGGAGAAGAACCGCAUUGCUGCCCAGAAGAGCCGACAGAGGCAGACUCAGAAGGCAGAUACGCUUCACUUGGAGAGUGAGGACCUGGAGAGACAGAAUGCUGCUCUGCGCAGGGAAAUCAAGCAACUGACAGAGGAAAUGAAGCACUUUUCCUCAAUGCUGAGCUCCCACGAACCCCUCUGCUCCAUCCUGACCUCGCCGCCCCCGCCACCGCCUCACCCAGAGGUGCUCUAUGCAACACACUCCUUCCACCAGCCCCACAUCAGCUCCCCACGCUUCCAGCACUGAGCCAGCUACCAGGACACACAGCCUGCAGACUGCGCAGAUGAAAAGCAGAGACCCAUAGGGCUCAUUCGUUGGUCCAUUUGAGGAGCACAGACUGGUACAGCUAUUCUUGGCCCUCUUUCAAGCGUAUGCUGAGAGUGAUAUGUCCAGGACAUGUCUCCUGUGCCCACAUGGGGGGAUGGCAGGACACAUCACUGGGGCAGUGAAAUCUAGGAUUGCUGGGGAAGGGGAAGCAUGCGCAGAAUGGCACCAAGCCCUUGGCUGUUGUUUGCUGGAGGACACUGGCAUGGGUCUGGGACACAGGAACUUUCUCUCCACGUGAGCAGGAGGCUGGAGACUAUACCUGCAAAUGCUCCAGCAAGAGGAACAUGGGAGAUGAGGGGAACCCAGAGUGGGAACUUGUUUUUGUUUUUUUUUAAAUAAAGAGUGAAAAUGUUUAA